AUGCGUUCAAUCUUAGCCAGGACUAUCUCGCUCAACGCGGUCGCCUUGGAGACCUAUACUGGCUUUUGGGGGGGGAAGAAGUUCCGUGACGCUUGCAAAGUUUGCCACGAGUUCGUUGACAAUGUUGUGCAAAAAGCAUUGCACCCUCCACGCAAUAGCGAAGCCCGUUCUUCGGACAAGGGACCGUACAUUUUCAUCGAAGCUCUCUUUGAGAAAACCACUGACCCAAAAGUACUCCGAGAUCAGUGCAUCAAUAUUCUGUUAGCAGGGAGGGAUACAACGGCAUGUUGUCUUAAUUGGGCUCUCCGUCUCCUCGUUCUUCAUCCGAAAGUCAUGGCCAAACUGCGCAGCGAGAUCAAAGAGACCUUCGGAGUGGGUCGACAAGCAUCGGAGCCGGUGAUAGGCCAGCCCAAGCAGCUAUCAUACCUGAAGGCUGUUCUGCAUGAAGUACUUCGGCUAUACCCGUCUGUGCCUGUCAACUCUCGCGCAGCCGCAAAGACAACCACACUUCCGACCGGUGGGGGCCCAGACGGCAAAGCGCCUGUACUCGUCCGCAAAGGAGAAGCUGUUGGAUAUUGCGCUUACGCGAUGCAUCGUCAGAAAGAAUAUUUUGGGGAUGAUGCGGACGAGUUUCGACCUGAGCGGUGGGAGAAUGGCGCGCUCAAGGAUGUCGGAUGGGCCUAUCUUCCAUUCAAUGGAGGUCCUCGGGUCUGCCUUGGGCAAGAGUUUGCUCUCCUGGAGGUCAGAUAUACCAUUGUGAAACUGGUGCAGACAUUCGAAAUUAUCGAGCUAGCAAAAGGGAAAAUGUCGGAUGUUGCGGUUGGCCAAGAGAAGCAAGGACUUACAUUGGUUGUAUCCAGUGGGGAUGGUUGUUGGGUUAAAAUGGCCAGAUAUUUAGAUUAG